CGAAGUCAAGUAAGGUUAACUUUUUUAUAUAUGAGCUCGGCUUCCUCUCUCUUCUCGCUUUCAUUCUCUCUCAACCCAACUUCCCCAGCUUCUACUUCUUCCCAUACUCGACACACUUCACUAUUCGAGGCCUCACUCUCGAUUGCAUAAUCUCACAAAGGAAUCACACAAUCUAAUUCUCCCCAAACCACUCUCCUCUGCACUACUUCUUUGUUCUUCUGCCCCUCUGCCCCUCUGCCCCUCUGCCCCUCUGCCCCUCUCCGUCCAUUCUACUUUCCCCACAUACACCAGAUCGGACAGCUUCAACUCUGGUCCGUCCCCACACGCCACCAUCUCUUUGAUCUGGCACAACACCAAUCCAAAUCUACCACCACAGCCUCCUGAACAAUCUUCAUCAUGGCGCCAGAUAUGAACUCCCUUCCCCUCUCUCCACGUACGCGUUUCGCGACUCCCUCUCCUCCAUCCGGCAUGGUCUCCCCACCAGUCCAAUAUACCGCCCCUUCAGGCAAACAACCAAAUAUCCUGUACAUCAUGGCGGAUCAGUUGGCAGCUCCUCUCCUCAAGAUGCACAACCUAAAGUCGCAGAUCAAGACACCAAAUCUAGACGCGUUGGCAGCUGGUGCGGUGGUCUUUGAUUCUGCCUAUUGUCCCUCACCAUUGUGUGCCCCCUCCAGGAUGUCUAUGGUCUCUGGUCAACUUCCCACCAAGAUCGGUUCCUACGACAAUGCCUCUUCUAUUGAUCCAAGUAUCCCAACAUAUGCCCACUACCUCCGUGCCGCUGGCUACGAAACCACAUUGGCGGGCAAGAUGCACUUUAUUGGAGAGCAAUUGCAUGGUUAUGAGAGUCGCUUGACGAGUGACAUCUACCCGGGUGAUUAUGGUUGGGCUGUCAAUUGGGAGGAUCCAGACCGGAGAUUGGAAUGGUAUCAUAAUGCUAGCUCCAUCUUGCAAGCUGGUCCCUGUGUUCGCAGUAAUCAGCUUGAUUAUGAUGAGGAGGUUAUGUACAAGUAAGUCCUUCAACAUGAGAUUUUACCCAAAAUGUACUAACCAGUCUAGAUCUAAGCAAUUCAUGUAUGACCACGUCCGAAAGGGUGCCAAUGCCAGACCAUUCUGCAUGACUGUCUCUUUGACCCAUCCCCACGACCCAUACACAAUUGAAAAGAAGUUCUGGGACCUCUAUGAAGAUGUCGACAUUGAUCUACCAGAUGUCAAUAUCCCACAAGAGGAACUUGAUGCUCACAGCCAACGCUUGUUGAAAGUCUGUGAUCUUUGGGGCAAGAAGUUUACCACUGAUGAGAUCAAGAGAGCUAGACGUGCAUACUACGGAGCAGUCUCCUAUGUUGAUGAUUGCAUUGGACGUUUGCUUCAAACAUUGAAGGAUUGUCGUCUGGAUGAAGAUACCAUUAUCGUUUUCAGCGGUGAUCAUGGAGAUAUGCUUGGGGAGCGUGGUUUGUGGUACAAGAUGUCUUAUUUUGAGGCUUCAGUUCGUGUUCCACUAUUGGUUCACCACCCUGCAAGUUUCAAGCCACAUUGCGUAUCUGCCAAUGUUUCCACACUCGAUAUCCUACCAACCCUUGUUGACCUCGUCCACUCCAAAUUAUGGGAUGGUCUACCAAUGGAUGGAAGUUCUUUGCUACCCCACCUUCAAGAGGUACCAGGCGGAUCUGAUACCGUUUUUGCCGAGUAUUGCGGCGAAGGAACCAUCGCACCAAUGAUGAUGAUUCGUCGCGGCGAUUGGAAGUAUAUUACUUGUCCAGCUGAUCCUGACCAACUCUACAACCUCGCUACCGAUCCCAAAGAACUCAUCAAUCUCGCCUCUCUAACACCCAAGAACCGACUGUUUACCGAAGAAGUUGCCAACAAAUUGGAAGCAUUCGUCGCUGAAGCCAAGGCCAAAUGGGACAUGAAGAAGAUUACCAGCGACGUCCUCGUCUCACAACGCCAACGUCGCUUGGUCUGGGCUGCUCUCAAGCAAGGUCAUUUCACCAGCUGGGACCACAAUCCAAUUGACGACGGCCGAGAAAAGUAUAUCCGCUCUCACAUGGCCCUGGAUGAUUUGGAGUUGAAGGCUCGUUUCCCAGCUGUCGAUGCCAAGGGCAGAGACAUGUAUGCUGGACUUGGUGGUGCGGAAGCUGGCGGCAUGGGUGGAACUGUUGUUCAACAGGCCGGUGCUCAUGGUCAAUGAUUUGCUCUUUUUCCGAUGAAAAUUUUCCAACGACUGAUAUGAAUACCGUUUUCGCCAAUACCCUUUGCUUUUUUCCAUUUUUUUCUAGCGGUUCAUUCACUCGAAGCGAAGCGUGCGCUGCAUACCCAUACCUACCUCAUUGACAUUUUCUCGAGGCGGGGUGGGGAUCCAAAUUGUCUCAUAAUUUUCGAUUCUUUCUUUUCGGGGUUGCUUUGCUUCUUUUUCUCUUCAUGUACAUUUACAUUUUCAGCGAGCUCACGGCGGCAUCUUUGGGAUUUGAAGUGGGUGGGUGAGCGAGCAUCUUGAGCUUUUACGGAGGUGUGAUGGAGAUAACUCGUGGGGGUUUUGGGGUUUUCUACUGAUCUGGUUGUCUGCCUGCCUGGCAUAUUCCUACACUACACAUGCUACUCUUGUAUCUAGUCUUCGGCUAACUAGCUAUAUUAGAGACAUGUGGUGGUUUGGGGUGGGUGAUGGGAGGUAGAUAGAUCGGAUGUAGUAAUUAAACGCUUACUUGCA